AUGAACAAAAACGGAACAGCUAAAAUGAAUGAUAAUCAAAUUAGAGCAGAAGGUAGAAGGUUAUUUAAACGCUUCUAUAACAUUCCUGAUGGUGUUAAUCCUAAAACUCGUAGAAGCUAUUUAAAUGAAGCAAUAGAUGCAUAUGAAGGGUUUGACAUUUCAUCAGAAAGUGAGAGAUUAGCGAGAAUGUUAAAUGUUAAUAUUGAUUUCUAUUAUUGUGAUCCUCAACCAGAAGACGUGGACAUAAAUAAGGUAGACUUUCCAUUAGUGGAAUCAAUAAUGAUAGAUCCAGAAUUUGAAACAGUAAAUAUUUUAUUAACACAGAGUCCAUGUGGAAAACUUCACGCUGACAGAAUAACAGACGUUGAAGCACUCACCGGCUAUAAAGUUUGUCCAUAUUGUAAAGAAGAAGUUUAUUCUAUCCGUGAUGAUCCAGAAAGGAAAAACCAAAGAAGAUUUUUAAAGCAUUGUGAGAAAUGUAAAGAAAAUAAUGGAAGAUUAAUUCAAGACGUUCAGUUGCAAAAGACACAGCAACCAUAUGCACCACAUAUUACGAAACAGAAGAUAUAUCAGUGGUUAUUAGCUCACAAUUUGCAGAAAUAUUAUAAACCGACAAGAUAUUAUAUUACUUUUGACUUUGAAACAUUAGAGACUAAAGAAGAAUUACAACUUUCUGAGUGUGCAACUUUGAACGCUUACUUAAAACCAUUCAUGGUAUCAUCAACGGUUAAAUUAAACGAUAAAACAUAUACGAGGAAUUUUUGCUUAACUUCGA